GGUUGGUUACCAGAGAGGCGGGGGCUGGGAGGAUGGGUCAAGAGGGGAAGGGACUUAAGAGGUACCAGCUUCCCGUUAUGAAGUAAAUAGGUCACGGGGAUGCCAUGUGCAGCAUAGGGAAUGCAGUCAGUAAUUCCGCAGUAUCCGUGCAGAGAGAGGCGCUCACUAGACUUACGGUGAUGAUCACAUCGUGAGGCGUAUAAACGUCGAAUCACUGUGUUGUCCACCUGGACUAACAUAAUAUUUUAUGCCAGCUAUACUGUAAUGAAAGAAAAAAACAGUAAAAGUACAACUUAGGAAAAAAAUUUGUCAAGCCCAAAUAAACGUACAGGUUUCCUGCAAUAGCAAAAAAUAACAAAGGAGAAUGAAAUAAAAUGAACGCUGACUCUGUGCUGCUCAGGGGCCGCCUGGGUGUUCAGACCCCAGCAGCUGCUGCCCAUGUGUUAACAGCAUCGCCCCGUCUCCACUCGGAGUGUAUUCAGGCAGAUCCAAGGAGAGCUCGUCUGCUUUGCGUUUCAGGGCAGAAUCUCAUGUUCCCCCCAAGUCAUUUAUUUUAUUUCCAUGUACAGGUGAGGUGCCCCCCUUUCCAUGCGCAUCCCCACUCCCAGUGUGUGAGUGACACGUGUGUCCAUACGUUCUAUCUCUGCCUUGGACGCCGGAGCCCUAAUUGGGUGGCCUUGCAAGUCCCGGAGUGGUUCCAGGAGGUGGGAUGGGUGGCUCCCGAGUUUCCUGCCGCCGCCACCAAAAAUGCCGGAGCUGGCAGAGAAACGGUGGCAGAGGGAAGAGUAGCGAGAACGGUGAUCCCUAGCAGCAGGGCCAGCAGGGCCGGGCCGUGGCCACAGAGCCGCUCCGUCCAGUUCACCUUUACUGCAGUGCAGUCCCAAACCCAGCCCCCCGCCCGCUUUCUUAGCGCUCACUCCAUUCUGAUGACCUCUCUGGUGCUGCAGUUGCUCCUCAAAAUCCCCAGAGCGGCCGUAUUGAAGCUGGUACCAAACUUGUCAUUACGUUGGUAAAUAUCCUUAAUGCACAGUCUGUGGCACAUAGAUAAUAUAUGCUGCUUCCUGAACUUAUUUGCUAUAAAAUUAGAGUUAAAAAAGCAAGUAUAAAGUCUUGUAGGCACUUUUAAAGGUAAUUAUCCAGAUAGGGCCUGCAGAACUCUAUAGUUUGGGAUGGCGUUAAGAGUACUCAUUUUAUAUUUAUUUGCUUAUUAUUUAUUUAUUUUAUUUUUUAUUGUUGACACUAUUACGGAUAUUCUUCAUCCCUCCCCUCCUUUGCCCACCUCUACCCAGCCCCCAUCCUCCGCCCUCCCCUGGCCCUCACCACACUGUCGUCUGUGCAUGUAUGUUCUUUGGCUGCUGUCUUCACCUUCUUUCAUCCAAUCCCCCACCCCCUCCCCUCUGACAUCUGUCAGUCUGUUCCAUGGAUCCCUGCCUCUGGUUCUAUUUUGUUUGUCAGCUUAUUUAAAACUCUCACCUGCCCCUUAUUACAUUCAGGUCAGGCCUUGCAGGAGUUAUUCAUGGAGGGUUUGGGGGAGGGUGAAUAAAAGGUUAUGUAGAUAUGAUUAACUUGGUAUUAAUGCAAAAAAACCCACACAAACCCUCUAAUUUAGGAGUCUUGACUAUUUUAAAAUGAGCUAAUAGCCAUUGGGGUGAAUUGAUGUAGCAAAUUGCUGUCUGCCGUAUUCACAUUACUCCCCGAGCUCUGACUCAUUGAGAAAGGACCAAAUAUCACGGAGACAUGCAAUUAUCGUGCUUAAUUAAUGUUUGCAACCAAAAAGAGUCAGGCUGGAGUCUUCAAUAUCAUGGUAGAUGUAACAACCGAAAUUGACUGAUUAUUAUCUUGAGAUUAAUGUAUUUUCGCAAGUCAUACCCUGGGGUCAAAAGACAGAAUAGUAAAACUAUUGAAAAAUUGACCGCAAUAAUUGCUUGAGGGGCUAAUUUUUUAAAUGUCUUGCUUCCCUACGCCUGUGCUUCUGACCGUUCUAGACUGCGCACUUCACCCAGUAAGUGGUAAUUCCGAGUGACAACUGCACCGAGAUGAAGCAAGUUCGUUAAUCGCCAUGAAAUUGUUCCUGAAACACCCUGUCCGAGUUCUUCCUAAUCACAGGAGGCCUCUGAGCCCCCGAUUUUCUCCCGAAUGGUUUCUGAUCGCCAACAGGUCGUACAAAGUCAGCGCGGCCAGCUCCUUCUUCUUCAGCGGCGUGUUUGUGGGCGUGAUCUCUUUCGGGCAGCUUUCCGAUCGCUUCGGGAGGAAGAAGAUCUACCUCACAGGUCUUGCGCUUGACAUCUUAUUUGCUAUUGCGAAUGGGUUUUCACCCUCAUACGAGUUCUUCGUGAUGACCCGCUUCCUGGUGGGCGUGAUGAAUGGAGGGAUGUCCCUGGUGGCCUUUGUCCUGCUGAACGAAUGUGUGGGCGCCGCCUACUGGGCACUCGCAGGGUCGAUCGGCGGCCUCUUCUUCGCAGUCGGCAUCGCCCAGUGCGCCCUGCUGGGGUACUUCAUCCGCUCCUGGAGGAGCCUGGCCGUGCUGGUGAACCUGCAGGGGACAGCGGUCUUUCUCUUAUCUUUAUUCAUUCCUGAAUCACCUCGUUGGUUAUACUCCCAGGGUCGACUGAGCGAGGCGGAGGGGGCUCUGUACCUCAUCGCCAGGAGGAACCGCAAGCUCAAGUGCACGUUCUCACUCACUCACCCGGCCAACAGGAGCUGCAAGGCGUCGGGGAGUUUCCUGGACCUGUUCCGGCACCGGGUCCUCCUGGGGCACACGCUGACCCUGAUGUUCAUCUGGUUUGUGUGCAGCCUGGUGUACUACGGCCUGACUCUGAGUGCCGGGGACCUGGGCGGGAACCUCUACGCCAACCUGGCCCUGUCUGGCCUCAUAGAGAUCCCCUCCUACCCUCUCUGCAUCUACUUGAUUAACCACAAGUGGUUUGGUCGGAGGCGGACGUUAGCAGCAUUUCUGUGCCUGGGAGGACUGGCUUGUCUCGUCGUAAUGUUUCUUCCAGAAAAGAAAGACACGGGCGUGUUCGCUGUGGUGAACAGCCGGUCCUUGUCUCUGCUGGGGAAGCUGACCAUCAGCGCUGCCUUCAACGUUGUGUACAUCUACACCUCUGAGCUCUACCCCACAGUCAUCAGGAAUGUUGGGCUUGGCACCUGCUCCAUGUUCUCCCGCGUCGGUGGGAUCAUUGCUCCCUUCGUCCCCUCUCUGUCACAGCGACACAGAGGCGGGCGGUGUGCAACCCUGAUUAGAGGUGAGAAUGCAGCAGGAAGAGGUGACAUAUCUCCCCACGCACACCACUUGGAAAAGAAACUCAGAGGAGAAACACGCCUAGCAAAAUAUGUGCAGUGGUCUUUACCAUUCAUUGUCUUUGGAGCCACGGGCCUGGCCGCGGGCCUGCUGAGUCUGUUAUUGCCUGAAACCCUGAACGCCCCGUUGCUGGAGACCGUUUCCGACCUCCAGGUGUACUCCUACCGGAGUCUGGGGGACGAAGCUCUGUCUUUGCAGACCCUGGAUGUCCCACAGUCCGCGGACAAGGGCGGCGCUCUGGGGAGCGAGAGCGAAGAGGAAGAGUUUUAUGAUGCGGAUGAAGGGACUCACAUGAUCAAGUGAGAGGCCCCAGGUUCCGCCUCCGGGGCAGGGGGCCAUCUUUCAUGCCUCCGGCGAAGGCAGGUUCUGCCGGGAACUGGAGAGAGCUGGGCUCGGACACAGGUCGAAGGUGCUCCGCUUCGGGGCUGACUGUUUCCAGGCACAGAUCGAGCUGGAGAAGAGAGUCCCUGAGUGAGGCCAUCACUGCAUUGAGGACACAGAUGCUACUGUGUCCAGCAUCCGGGUUUAGCUCAGAAUCACGACCUCCGGCCUGACGCUCAAAUCCACAGCCAGAGCAGCAAACCCACCUGUUUCUAGAAGUGCGAUCGGGCUGCUGUUCCUUCGUCAGGACCUGAAGGCAGAUAGGUGAAAAGUUUUUCUCACCGUUUCAGUAACAGAAGAUAAACACCCUUAAGGUUUCAUUGCUAGGUCCUUACGAUUCAUCUUUAUAUCCUGUUUGAUGUCUCCCCUCACCGGUUGCUCCUCACCAGGAAUCUGUGAGGCACGCUGGCCUGCGCAGAGGAAAACCCAGCCUCUGUGUGGCCCGGGGCCCCCCUCCCGAAAUCUGCGGCCUCGCCUUGGUUUGCAGCCUCCUGGUGGGCUUGAGCUCCGUGUGUCCUCAGUCCCACAGAGAAUCCUCUAGGAAAAGCCAGCUGUACCAACACGUUCUCGGUCAGAGGUUGCCUGCGACUCCCUGUGAGCCCCAUCAACGCUCCCAUUGUGGAAUUUCUUCAGUUCCCACUGUGUGCCCCUCUGGAAAAAUUCCAUCGCAGAUUCUAGUGCCAGCAGUGACUUCAAAAUCUCGCCCAGCGCCUGACGGAGUUUUAUCAGGGUGGAGGGCACUUACCAAAAAUAGCAUGCUGAGCACGUGGAUGUUGGAGGUGAGGGGGGAAGGUGCCAUUUUUAAUAAGGAAGAAGAGAAAAUGACCUUCCGCAAGUUUUAAAUGUGCUUUGUUUUCAGUGUCAUGCAGUGAGGGACUUGGGCAACGUUUAAGAACUUGAACCCUUCUAGUCCGAGGCCCGCCCUUCCCCAUGUAGUCAAGUGGAAGGCACAGUAAUUUCAUAGAAAGACUUGGUUUUUCACUAAGUACUACCACCUUUCAAGAAAAUCAAAAUCAUACUGAGUUUCCUAAAAUCAUUCACUAAGAUCUGUUUCCCCAUGAAACUUGACUGUUACCUCACAUCGGAAUAUUCACCCCGAGUCAGUGGGCUUGGGCAGCAGCACUUUAAGUCACUUUCCCACCCAGGAAAAUGUGUGUUUUCAGAAUUGCCAUUUCUACUGAUCUCUUAGAGAGAGAGAUUGCAUUAGAGGAAAAGAGAUGACGUCGCCGUGACUGCUUCUGGGAACUGGGAGGCGUCACCCCACCGGCUGCAGCACUCUCCUGUCCUUCCGCAUCGGCCUCUCCGUUCGCACUGUGUCCGUCUGUCCUCUGUAUUUGCGGAAGGGUUUUCAUGUCCUUACGCCCUGACGAUGUGCUGCGCUCUUCAUAAGCAGGGCGUCUCAACCACGUUUUACAUCUCUGUGCCACGCCCAGAACGUGGGCCUGGAUGCCGUAGGGACUAGUAAGGGGCACUGUUUCGCCUCCAGGGAGGUUAUGGAACUCCUCCCAGUGUUGUAAAGCCCGGGCAGAUGCAGCCCAGACCCCCAGAUUGGGGAGUCCUGCUUCUCUGGAAGCAAAGACCCUGUCCACCACCUGCGAGGAAGAACUUGCAAGGACACUUAGCUCUUCUCCGGUGGUCGGGGCAUUCAAAAUAAAACAAUAAACUAAGACACUUGUGGUCUGG